AACAUUAAACCGGGAUCGCGAACCAAACACAAACCGGAGAAUUUUUAUCUCCCAUUCCCAUAGACCAUCUCUGUAGAAAUAAAACUUUCACAUUUGGGGUUGAAGAAAAGAUGGAAGCUUGUUUGAGAUGUUCACGAGGAGGAAGCAAUCUAAUUGAAGCGUUGAGACCAAUCAGCAAAUUCUCCGGUUCUCUCCGCUCUUCUUCUUCUUCCUCUCUCUCUUUCAGCACCGAAGACAAGCCGGUCAAAAGAGCUUAUGAUGGUUUGUUACUUGACGCUGGAGGAACUCUUUUGCAGUUGUCGGAACCUGUCCAUGAAACUUACGCUUCCUUGGGCCUAAAAUACGGUCUCAAGACAACUCCAGCUGAGAUCAAGCAAGGUUUCAAGAGAGCUUUUGCUUCUUCUUGGCCUGAGAAGUUGCGUUACCAGGGAGAUGGGAGACCGUUUUGGAAGCUCGUUGUUUCGGAAGCUACUGGUUGUUCUGAUAAUGACUACUUUGAAGAAGUCUACCAAUAUUACGCGAAUGGUGAGGCGUGGCAUCUCCCAGAUGGAGCUUAUGAGACAAUGUCGCUACUGAAAAAUGCUGGAGUUAAGAUGGCUGUUGUCUCCAAUUUCGAUACCCGCCUUAGAAAGCUAUUGAAGGAUCUUAAUGUCAUAGACAUGUUUGACGCUGUGAUUGUGUCCUCAGAAGUCGGAUACGAGAAGCCUGAUGGCCGCAUCUUCAAAUGCGCUUUAGAGCAAAUAAGCGUAGAUGCAAACAGAGCAGUGCAUGUUGGAGAUGACGAGGGAGCAGAUAAAGGCGGUGCAAACGCUGUUGGAAUUGAUUGUUGGUUAUGGGGAAAAGAUGUGCAGACAUUUUCAGACAUACAAGAUCGGAUUUUGGUUUCAGAACACUAAGCUUCAAAGAGCCUAUGCCCAAUGUUGUUUAGCUCUGGUCCAAUGGAGGUAGUGGUGGAGCACCAAUGGAGUGUCUGGCAUUACUAAUGCGAUUGGUCCUGCCAUGAAAGUAUUUUUAGUUACCCACCUUAGGAAACUUGUGCAUUUUAGGCAUUGAUAAUGUAAUGGGAUAAUAAAAAGAAAAACAUCGUCCGUCUUGAUUAGUAUUCAAACCAAAACCAAAUCAUUUUCCCACCGUCUU